UUUCAGAGCUGUGGAGCUGUAAAGAGCCUCUGUUGGCUAGUUGCGGGCCUGAUUGUCCUUUUGGCCUGCAGGUUGCACGUGAUGGGAAGCAAUACGCCUUCUUUCGCCACGAGCGACAACCCGACGGCAAGGUGUCCAUCGAUAUUCACCAGGUUUUUCACAUUCGCUUACCUCCCAGCCUUCAACGGUCUGCUGCUCCUCUUCCCGAAAUGGCUCAGCUUCGACUGGUCGAUGGACUCCGUUCCUCGGAUUACAAGCCUCUUCGAUUGCAGAAAUAUAUUCACGAUCUUGUUCUACGCCCUGCUGUACAUCGGCGUUUCCAGGUGUAUAAGAGACCUGCGCCACUGUGAAGAAGUGGCGAAGAAAAGGAGGAAGUGCAGGGGCUGCGGGCACAGCGGUGUGUACCACACGAGGGCGUGUAAAUUGUCGAACAACAACAACUACCCUACCACGCCCUGCAGUUGUUCCACUCCUUCCAGAGUGACAAAACAAUCCGAAACAAUCAUAUUGUCAUUGGCUAUCUUGGUCGUCCCGUUUUUGCCAGCAACAAAUUUAUUUUUCUACGUCGGGUUCGUUGUCGCAGAAAGAGUUCUCUACCUGCCCUCGGUUGGCUACUGCUUACUUCUGGGCAUUGGAUACGCCAAACUUUCCACACCGAGAAACGUACUUCCUCAACUAGCCCUGGCAGUCCUUUUGCUAACAUACUCAACGAAGACAUACAUCAGAAACAUGGAUUGGAAAGACGAAGAAUCGCUUUACAGAUCCGGGAUACCUAUCAACCCCCCUAAAGCUUACGGUAACCUUGGAUCGGUGCUGAGCUCACAGGGUAGAGUGGCGGAGGCUGAACAUGCUUUCAGAACGGCACUUUUGUACAGGCCCAACAUGGCCGAUGUCCACUAUAAUCUGUAA